CUGUCUGAAAUAAUAUGAAUCUUGAAACGUACCUCAGGGGUGUUAUCCGAAGUUGCAAAUCCAGUGCCACCAGUAGUCAGGAUUAAGUGGAUGUUCUCGGCCGCGAGAUCGGCCCAUAGCAUGAUCUGGCGUUGUAUUUGGACAACGAUGUCAGGCACGAUCUUGGUGUCCACGAGUUGCCAUUUUCCACCGCCUUCCUGCUCGAGCACGUCUCUCAGUAUACUCUGUGAGGCAUCUGUGCUGGGGUCCUUUGCUGCUGUCGUGGAGACGAUGAGGAGGGCAACUCUUAGUGUCGACGAAGCCAUCCUGGUUCGCUCUCGGCUGAAUUUACUCGGAAAACAAUCAGAACACCGAUAUUGAUUUGAUUUGUGAGAUGAGACUCAUAAAAUGUCGCACGAUAAGCUAUCGAGGCUGUACUGAUGAGACCAACAGGCUGUUGAAUGACAAGGUUCAUUCAUGCAAGUUAGAGGGGUUUGUUCA